AUGCAGGAGCCGCACAGCGUGUUCGGGCUGAUCUUCGCCUGCACGUGCGGGGUGGUGCUGGGCGUGGGUUUCUGUGCCAACCUGCUGGCGUUCUCGCUGUUCGCGCAGCGGGGGAGGCUGAGGAGGAGCCGUCUGGACGUGCUGCUGCUGAGCAUGGCGCUGGCGGACUCCCUCACCCUGCUGCUGGUGCCCUUCACCCUGCACUCGGCCGUCAGCUUCUCCUGGCCGCUGGGCAACACCUCCUGCAAGGUGUACCAGGUGCUGCUGGCCCUGUCGCUGGGCGCCAGCACGUACUCUCUGUGUGCCGUGUCCGCGGCCCGGGCCAUGGUGGUGACCAACCCGUACCGCCCGCCGUCCCGGGACGUCCUGCUGGCCAUGUUCGCGGCGGCCUGGGCCUCCAGCUUCUUCAUCAGCGUGCCGCUGCGGAUCUUCGCCAGCGAGGAGGCGGGCCACGCCCCGGGCCUGUCCUUCUGCCUGCCCACCGUGCAGGAGCACCACUACCAGGUGGUGCUGACCCAGUUUGUGCUGUACUACCUGCUGCCCAUGCUGGUGAUCGCCGUCAACUACUCGCGCCUGGGCCUGGUGCUGCGCCGGGCGCCCGUCCUGUCCCUCGCCGGCCUGAGGAACACCCGCCGCGCCUCCCUCACCGUGUUCCUGGCCUCCGCCACCUUCUCGGCCUGCUGGCUGCCGGGCUACGUGCUGGAGCUGUGCGUGUACCUGGGCCUUUACCGCCACGGCCACGCCUGGGAGACCUUCUACUUCAUCUGCACCCUGCUGCAGCACCUGCACCCCUGCCUCAACCCGCUGCUCUACGUCCUGCUCGCCCGCCGCCACCGCACCCCCUGCCUGCCCCGCUGCCCCAGGGCCCGCGUGCACCCCCAAAUCAGCAGCGUGGCCCCCAGCUUCUGA